AAAUUGAAGUUUUCUUAUAUACAUACUGAAUCCAGAAUGGCUCCACCAAUAAUUACCUUGAAACUUCUUCCUGUUAACUUCGUAAAAUUGAAUUUUAUAUAUUCCGGAAUUUAGUUCGACGAACAUGGCUCAAUCAUUAAUUAACGUUAUCAAAAUUUUCUUGCCAAUAAUAAUCAGUGGCAAUGUGCUCGUAUCAGCUUGUUCUAUUAAAGUUUCAUCAGUAAGACAUUCGUCAUCGAAUGUUCCGGUAUUUAAACAUCCGCAUGGUUUCAUUCGUUCUGCAGCCGACGUGGAUCGUCUCCGCGAUGCUAUUAUGAUGGAUGAUCGAAGUGAAAUAAUCAAUAUUUUUAUUAUAAAAAACCUGAACAAUCGACAAUCUUUGCACGAAGAAUAUUUAAAUAAGUAUGGAUCUGAAUUGAGGAGUCUUUGCCAAUCAAAAUUAUCCGGAGAUUUUGGACACCUCAUAACAUCUUUGGCAACACCGCCCUUGUUUUUUCUUGCCAAUGAACUUCAUUAUUUUUUACAAUCAUUUCGUCGCGAUCACAGUACUCUUGAGGAAGUUUUUCGGUAUCACGACGCCGAUAAGAUUAGAGAAGCUUACCAAUCAGAGUAUGGAGUUGAAGUGCAGGAACAUUACAGAAAAUUACCUUAUUCUGUACGACAACGUCUUGAACGUCUUACACCCCUAAUUGAUAGGACUUAUUAUUCAGGCAGCAUUGAAUUAGCCGAUGACCAGGCUAAUUACUAUCGUAUAAAGUUAGUAGAAGCUAAAAACAAAUUAGAUGCACGUCAUUUUACCCGUUUAAUUGUAAUGAUUUUGAACGAUAGAAUACUUGAUAAAGUCAGAAUGACUUAUAGAUAUGUUUAUGGUGAACCACUUGCGAGCAUAACCGAUGAACUUCCCGAAGGAGAUUACCUCGAAGCGAUUUCAACAAUUCUUAGUCCCCCUGGGUCUUACGGAGACGAUGCGAUACCCAACCCUGAUUAUUACAAAAUCAUAAUACCAAGCUAUUCAUUCUGACGAUAAUUAAUUGUCCAGAAUUUAAUUUUAUAUUUUAAUGAAUAAUUAUAAGACUUUUAAUAUAAAUUGAACUUUCAAUCGAACAAAUCCACUGUAACUUUUUUAAAUAAACAAUGAUUGGAU